AUGGUGCGCGAGCUAAAUAUGGACACCCAACGGCAAAACUUUUGGAAAGAAAGCAUCCGAAAGGAGGCAAUGGUACGGCUCGCUUGGCAGACGCAGUACUCGAAAGAAUUCGCUCGGACCGGCGGUUUCGGCAAAAGCAGAGCCAAGAAAGUCAGUAUAGACGUCGAACCGGUUAUGAGAAACCUUCAAGAGAAGCUCGAGAUAAAAUUAAACGAAUUACCGGACGCCGAAAUGGAAACACAAGCCGAAACUACGAAGCCGACAAGUCAACCUAAAACUUACUUAAAAGAAAUGCGACCGGCUUCCAAGCGAACUGUUAAAGUCCUCUACGAGGGUUUCAGCGCCGACGGCGGGGGACGUUAUGCUUAUCUAGAGAAGCGCAAGACCAUUAUCCCUGAGCGUAAAUACGAGUUCCCGAUCACAAGCUCGUUCGAAUACGGAUGGAAAAAUAAAGAUGCGAUGAAAGGAAUGAAACCAGCUCAGUACAGCCGUAGUUCAACCAUUAAAGAGGAGUUUUACAGACCUAACGGCAUUUUUACGACAUAA